AUCAUGAUCUUCGUUUUUGGCCCUCUUAUAUAAUUACUUGCUAUCUAGCUCUAAGGCUCUAUCAUUCAGUACUCCACUCACCACAUAUGGGAAUGAGCAGCAUGAAGGUGCAUCAGUUCGCACGUGGACUCUGGGAGCACGAACCCUCCCUUACGCUUGGCUGCACCAAACGCUUACGCCCUCUUGCUCCCAAACUGGCCAACACCGCGGCCGCCACCUCCGACACUACUACCACUCUCGCUCCUUUCGAUCUCAAGAGUUUCAUCAGACCUGAAAGUGGCCCCAGAAAACUUGGAUCUUCUGACCAUCUUCAGGAGAAGAAAGAUUCCCCCCACCCUCAGGUAGAGACGCACCCGGGAGGGACACGCUGGAACCCUACGCAAGAACAGAUAGGGAUACUUGAAAUGUUGUAUAGAGGAGGAAUGCGCACUCCUAAUGCACAACAAAUAGAGCAAAUCACGGCUCAACUUGGCAAGUACGGCAAGAUCGAAGGAAAGAAUGUGUUUUACUGGUUCCAGAAUCACAAGGCACGUGAGAGGCAGAAGCAAAAGCGCAGCAGCCUCGGCCUCAGCCACUCUCCAAGAACACCGACUCCUGUAAUUACCACCCCGGGAGAAAUAGUAGUGGAAAGAGAGGAAGAUAGUCCGUACAAGAGAAAGUGUAGGAGCUGGGGAUUUGAUUGCUUGGUAGAGGGUGACCAUGGUAGUGUAGUAUGUAAGGUCGACAACGACGACGCCGUUAAGGGAGGUAGUGUUGGAGUUAUGACUCUGGAACUCUUCCCAUUACAUCCAGAAGGAAGAAAAUGAUGGGAUAUGCUUAAUUUGACAAUGUCAUGUGCUUUCCUUCUUUUCUUGGUUUUCUUCUUUUCUUAUUCGUUUCGGGAAAGAAGAAAGGCAAGUAAUUGUCUCUUAAUUUGUACUGAAAGCUAGCUCUGCUUCUAAUUCUGCCUUUUGGAACCAAAAGCACUUUUAUUCCAAUCUAUCUCUAUCCGUGAUGGUGGUGGUGGAUGUCACUGUUUUGACUACAGCAACUUAAAACGUUGAAUCGAAGCUUUUUUAGGUUAAAAGCGGGAAGCCUGCUGAAGAUAGGACACUGAAGUCCACGCACCUACUUCUUCUUAACCCUCGUAGUAAGUGGUAACGUACGUCUCCUUUCAUCUGGAUCUUUACGAGUAAUGAUAGAGAGAUUAAAUUUAUAGAUUAAAAUUGUAAACUAAAUAAUAUGUCAUUAAUAGAAAUGAGUAUGUCUAUCAACGUUUAAGUAAUAAACCAAUCAUCAACUUACAAGUC